AUGGGUGUGCAGAAGGAAGAUGUGGAAAAGUUCCUCAAUGACAACCCUGCAUUUGCUAAACAGUACUUUUCCAAGAAGAUGACUCCUUCCUCCAUAUCGAAGGUGUCCACAGUCUCUGAGAAACAGGUCGACUUCAGCCAGUUCCAGGAGCUCGGACAGUGUGAGGAAAGCCAAAUCAUGUACGACCUGAUCAAAGACAUGCAGGAGAACAUCAACAUGGAAAAAGUGGUUUUCAAAAUCCUGAAGAGGAUCAGCACACUCAUCCACGCAGACCGAUGCAGCUUGUUCAUGUACCGACAGCGGAACGGCAUCGGGGAGCUCGCCACAAGGCUCUUUAACGUCAACAAUGAGGCACAACUGGAUGACUGCGUGGUGCCACCAGACUCUGAGAUCGUCUAUCCGCUGGACAUGGGAAUAGUCGGCCAUGUGGCCCUGACCAAGAAGACUGUUAAUGUCAAAGAUGUCACAGAGAGCCAGCACUUCAGCUCAUUCGUGGAUGAACUCACAGAUUACAAAACCCGUAACGUCCUGGCAACGCCCAUCCUGAACGGCAAAGACAUGGUGGCUGUGAUCAUGGCACUAAACAAGACCACAGGUCCACAUUUCACUGCUGAGGACGAAGAUCUCUUUCUAAAGUAUUUAAAAAUUGCCACUUUGAACUUGAAGAUCUACCACCUGAGCUACCUCCACAGCUGUGAGACACGUAAAGGACAGCUGCUGCUGUGGUCUGCCAACAAGGUCUUUGAAGAGCUGACGGACAUCGAGCGACAGUUUCACAAAGCCUUGUACACGGUGCGAGCCUACCUCAACUGUGACCGCUACUCUGUGGGUUUACUAGACAUGACAAAGGAAAAGGAGUUUUUUGACAUCUGGCCAGUGUUGAUGGGCGAGCAGGCACCUUACUCCGGCCCUGUCACUCCUGAUGGAAGGGAAGUAAUUUUCUACAAAGUGAUUGAUUAUAUAUUACAUGGAAAGGAAGACAUCAAAGUAAUACCCAAUCCGCCUGCAGAUCAUUGGGCCUUGAGUAGCGGCCUGCCUACUUAUGUUGCUGAGAGUGGUUUUAUUUGCAACAUCAUGAAUGCGCCUGCAGAUGAAAUGUUCCAGUUUCAGACUGAGCCACUUGACAGCAGUGGUUGGACCAUCAAAAACGUCCUCUCGCUCCCGAUCGUCAACAAAAAAGAAGAGAUUGUCGGCAUAGCCACUUUUUACAACAGAAAAGAUGGAAAGCCUUUUGAUGAUCAGGAUGAGCAGCUCAUGGAGGCUUUGACUCAGUUCCUGGGCUGGUCUGUUUUGAACACGGACACUUACGACAAGAUGAACAAGAUCGAGAACCGCAAAGAGAUCGCGCAAGACAUGGUGCUCUACCACGUCAAAUGUCGAGAUGACGAGAUUCAGAACAUCCUGAACACCAGAGAGGUUUAUGGCAAUGAACCCAGAGAGUGUGAAGAGGAAGAGCUCUUAGACAUUCUGAAAAAAGACCUACCUCCGCUGAUUAAGAAGUUUGAGAUCUACGAGUUUCACUUUGCAGACUCUAAUUGCACAGAGAUGGAGCUGGUGAAGUGUGGGAUCCAGAUGUACUAUGAGGUCGGGGUGGUCAAGAAGUUCCAGGUCCCCCAGGAGGUGCUGGUUCGGUUCAUGUACUCGGUCAGUAAAGGCUACAGAAGAAUCACCUACCACAACUGGCGCCAUGGCUUCAACGUGGGACAGACCAUGUUUACACUCUUAACAACUGGAGCGCUGAAGCGAUACUACACUGAUUUAGAAGUGAUGGCCAUGAUAACUGCAGGCUUCCUCCAUGAUAUCGACCACAGGGGGACAAACAACUUAUACCAAGUCAAAUCUGGCAACCCUCUGGCCAAGCUUCAUGGCUCGUCCAUCAUGGAGCGACACCAUCUAGAGUUUGGAAAGUUCCUCUUGGCUGACGAGUCACUGAACAUCUACCAGAACCUUCACAGGCGACAGGUUGAGCAUGUGAUUCAUCUCACCGACAUCGCCAUCAUCGCCACUGACCUGGCUCUUUAUUUCAAAAAGAGAACCAUGUUCCAGAAGAUCGUGGACCUUUCACACACGUAUGAGGAUGAGAAGAAGUGGGUCGACUUCAUGACUCUAGAAACCACCAGGAAGGAAAUCGUCAUGGCUAUGAUGAUGACAGCAUGUGACCUGUCAGCUAUCACCAAGCCUUGGGAGGUUCAGAGUAAGGUCGCCUUGUCUGUGGCAGCAGAGUUUUGGGAGCAAGGUGACCUGGAGAGGACGGUAUUAGAACAGCAACCUAUUCCCAUGAUGGACAGGAACAAAGCAGCAGAGCUUCCAAAGCUACAGUGUGGUUUCAUUGACUUUGUCUGCACGUUUGUCUACAAGGAGUUUUCUCGCUUCCACCCACAAAUCCAGCCCAUGCUGGACGGCAUCCUAAACAACAGGAAGGAGUGGAACAAUAAAAAAGAAGAGUAUGAAGCUACGCUCAAAGCCUUGGAAGAAGAGAAGGCUGCAAAAGAUGCAGCCAAAGGUCCUUCCAACAACCACGGUGGUGGAGGCUCAGGUUCCAAGACCUGCUCGGUUUGCUAA